GAGAGGAGAGGACACAGAGCACAAAUAGCAGCAAGUGAGUCAGGGACAAGCUAGUAAAUCCAUUACACACAGCCGCAGUAUUCACGGACUGACAACACCACAUGUCUAUGAUUUGGCCACACACAGAGGAAAACUGUGUGUAUUAAUGAGGGUGUAUGAGAAGAGGUCCCUGUGGAUAAGUGGUUAAUGAGUGCAGUAGAAAAGAAUGAGUUUUGACCCUGUGCAGGUCAUUAAGGACCAGGACCCCAUGUCCCACAGCCCUUCUCCCGGCUCAAACGGUGACAGCAAAGCCUCUUGGGAUGAGAGCGAGGGUUUCUGUGAUAGUGUUGGUUCCACCAAGAAGCCCAAAUCAGGGCCAGUGAGAUGUGCCAGGAAGGUGGAGGGAGGCAUUUUCUUUCCAAAGCCAGAGAAUGCAGUCACAAUAGCUGUAUCAUCUCGGGUGCUGUUUCGCACAGACACAGAGCAGAAGGUGUAUGAAGAGAAAGGAGUGGAAGAAUAUCUUCGGUACCAGGUGGAACAUGAGGAUGAACCUUUUGCUCCUGGACCUGCAUUUCCAUUUGUAAAGGCCCUGGAGACAGUAAAUGCACGAUUACGAGAGCUGUAUCCUGAAAGUGAAGAGCUUUUUGACAUUGUACUGGUGACCUACAAUCAUGCACAUGUUGGAGUGAGGCUUAUAAACACCAUCAACUAUCACAAUCUGUUUAUUGAGCGUUUUUGCAUGACUGGAGGCAGCAACCCUAUCGGCUACCUAAAAGCAUGGCACACAAACCUGUACCUGUCAGCUGACACAAAAAAGGUUCAGGAAGCACUAUCUGAAGGCAUUGCAGCGGCCACCAUGUUUAUGCCAGACAAGCAGAUAGAUGUGUCAGAGACACAGCUCAGAGUGGCAUUUGAUGGUGAUGCUGUUCUCUUUUCGGAUGAGUCUGAACGAAUAUUCAAGGCUCAUGGUUUGGACAAGUUCUUUGAGCACGAGAAGGAAAAUGAGAACACACUGCUGGAUCAUGGUCCGCUAAAAAGCUUUCUUGAAGCCCUGGGAAAGCUUCAGAAGAAGUUCUAUGCUAAAGGCCACCGGUUAGACUGCCCCAUUCGUACCUACUUGGUAACUGCUCGCAGUGCAGCCAGCUCAGGCAUCCGAGCUCUAAAAACUCUUCGUGCUUGGGGACUGGAGAUGGAUGAAGCUCUUUUUCUAGCUGGAGCUCCAAAAGGCCCCAUGUUGGAGAAAAUACGACCGCACAUCUAUUUCGAUGAUCAAAUGUUUCAUAUUGAAGGUGCUGCAGAGAUGGGCACAAUUGCUGCUCAUGUGCCCUAUGGGAUAGCACAGAAGUACCGUCACAAAAAAAGCACCAACUCUGCAAAGUAAUCAAGGGAAGAAGAGUGGAGAUUACCUGCUUGCCUCUGUGGCACAGCAGCAAAACUCAAUUUGCCAGAUCUUUGCCUAUAAUCAACAGUCAUUAGCCAAACAGAUUAUCUACAAAAAUCUACAUGAACUUUAUAUUUUAUACAAUUAAGACUGAAACCUGCAUUUGUCACUCAUUACCCUGUACAUAGGUAUAAUUAGGCAAAUGCUUGUUUGCAGAAUUUUAAAUUGUAAAUCACUAUUUUUAGCAUAAUUUCACAUGAAAUGAGAAUAAAUGGGAUGCUAAGGUGGUAUAAAAUAGCUUGUGCAAGAUUGAUUUGGUUUGCCAUAUGAAAUCCAAGGCAAGAGAAGUAGUAUGCUCUGUAAAGUAGGGCAUGAACCUGUAAAUUGGUGUAAAAAAGGAGUUGAUGUUUUUAUGUAUUGUAAAUAUACUCUACGUGUUUAUCAUAUGAUGAUAUAUGGUAUGUCUUCUAUAUGUUUAUGUGAUUAUAUAUAUGAAUAGGUUUCUGGCCUCACAUAUAAAGAAUAUGUAUAAAAAGUAAAUCACUGUGGGAAAAUAUUACAUGGAUAUUACAUCUAUUCAAUAUUACUGUAACUGCCAAGAAAUAUGACUGCCAAGUGAAACUGAAAGUGUAAAGGAAUGCAAUAAAUAAUAAACGUAUGUGCACACAUACACACACAUGCACACAAGCCCACACACAGAGGGACUGAAAUAAACAGUCCAAACAAGCAGUGGUUUAAACUAAACUAUGAACUUUCUCCUAGCUGAUGUUAUAGAUGCUGAAUAAUUGAGCAGUGUUCUCAGUAAUCUGUUGCAUUUAGAAGUUCUGUGAUUAAGCUUCCAAAAAGCUUCCAAUUUGUGCAGAAUGCUUAUGGUGCAUUACACUUAGGUGUGACAUCACCAUCUGUGUCUCUGUAAACAGUGCCACAAUGAUCUGGCAACAUUUAGGUUAUUUUAAUUGUGUUCGGCAAGUCCUCUGUUUAAAUAUCAAAAUUCCUAAACAUAUACAGGGUGAGUCAAAAUUAUACACUCGAACCAAGCAUGGUGAAUUGUUGUGUUUUAAUUUCAAAAUUAUGUUAACACUUGAAUGGCGAAAACCAUUUAUUCACAAAACAUACUGCAUAUGUGUAAGAUGAUUUACAGGACAGUCUCAACCUGUUUGCCAUCAUGUUCAACAAACAAAAAUCAGCGAGCAACAGUACCAUUUAAAGCCCAGACACACAUUUCGUGAGGAAUAGAUCCAUUAGUGUUAACAUAAUUUUGACUCACCCUGUAUUUCAUUAUUAAAUGAAAAUACAUGCCAACAAUAAAAUGUACAGCAAUGCCAUUGAAUAAAUAAGACAGUUUUCAGAGAUGUAGGGAGUAAAAUAUACAGGCUGUUUAAUACUAUGUAUGAUCAGGACUACAGUGUAAAGGUCAGAGUGAACAAACUGUCAACAAAAAAAGAAAAAAUCCUUAAAGAUUUAGAGAAUAAAGACUAUUACAUGCUGCAUACAACUAAACAUGAAAUGUUUUGGUAUAAUAGACCCAACUUGCUGUAUCAGGCUGUACAUAAAACAAAAAGAUCAAUGCUUACCUUGAAAACAAGAGGGCUGUGUCUCAAUAUGCACCCUCAUCAUCAAAGAAAAAAAUACACUUUAAAAAUUCAGAUAAAUUAUCACAAUUAAUUGGUAUAUGGUUUGGACACUGUCGCCUAACAGCAAGAAGGUCCUGGGUUCGAUCCCCAGGUGGGGAGGUCUGGGUCCUUUCUGUGUGGAGUUUGCAUUUCCUCCCUGUGUCUGUGUGGGUUUCCUCCGGGAGCUCCGGUUUCCUAUCACAGUUCAAAGACAUGCAAGUGAGGUGAAUUGGAGAUACAUUAAACUUGUGAACUGAUGAAUCUUGUGUAAUGAGUAACUACCGUUUCAGUCACGAAUGUAACCAAAGUGUGUAAAACAUGACAUUAAAAUACUAAUUAACUAAUAAAUAAAAAUAUCUGGUUUGGAUAAGUAAUAA